AAAUGGUAAUAAGAACAUUAAAACUGACAGAGUUUUGGUUAGGGACUAUCAAUAUACCCCAUCUUUAGUCAUGAAAGUUAACAUCACACUUUUUGUUGCAGUGCUCUGGUUUGGGGGUCUAGCGCAAAACACAAGCCCCAAAGAGUUGGAAAGGAGCAUCUGCUCGAAGAUGAGGAUAUUGUUCAGAUUAUCAAAAAGGUGUGAUUUGGCAGGAACUCAGAAAUAUGUGCAACCUUAGUAUCAAGAUAUCGUUUGUAGGACUAAAGCUUUUGAGACACACAAGCUUGUACUUUGCAGAGUAUACAGCACUCUUUUUGUCUAUUCUUUUAGUCGUAAGGGCUUUAUCAGUUUUGAAAUUGCAGAAGGGCAAUCAAAUGCCUGAAGAUUACCCCAGAUCUUUCAGAGAAGCAGCUGCAGUUUUCCAGCACGCUCAAGUAUACGACUCUGACAAGAAAAUUGUCAAGCAUAUGAGACCCAUACCACAAGAGCUUGUGGAGUCCCUUGAUGGAGAACUUGAUUUCCUUGGAUCGUAUUUUUUUGUUAUUUAUUUCUUCUUGUUGUCAGGUUAAAUUUAUUCUUACCUACAAGGUUUGCCUGUUUCAUAUCACAUUUAUUUUCCUUGACCACAAAUUGAACUAGAGAAAUCCCUUCAUCAAUAGCCAUUGCAAUUGCUGAAGGAAAAUUGGACCCCAUAAGUAUGGAGGCCUUUGAUCAUUUCCCUAGUUCCAUUUCUAGACAUCGGUCAGAUCCCA